CCGAAAUCCCCGCUCCCCUUCAAAUCCACCAAAAUCAAACGGUUUGGAAAGAAUCCAUUCCCACCAAAACACAAAUUGCCAUUUCGAUUAGUAUUUGAUUCAAACCCACCAAAACCCAAAAAUCUCUACUCUUUUUCCCUCUCCCAUUCCCAAUCCUUUUCGGAAAAUAACUUCCCCCCCUCCCUCCCAAACUCACUUUCGAAACCCUAAAAAACCACACCUUUCCAGUCUCCCUCUCCCUCCCUCCACAAUUCUCCCUCACCUCUCUCUCUCUCUCUCUCUCUCUCUCUCUCUCUCCCCAAAAAAAAAUACCCAGACAAUCUCCUCAAUUUAUCGAAAUGAAUGCGUAUGAAUCGUACAGUCGCGACCACUUGCCCGGUUUCUUGGACGAAUCCCUAGAUGACGAGUCUGUUUCGGCAUCGGUUCAUGGUUUUGAGCCCCAAGAAGACGUUGAUUCUUCGCUGUCGAAUACUGUUUCGGCCUUCUCACCUCUGCAUUGGCCUUCAGCGGGAGAUGGUGAAUACAAGCCAUUGAUUUCAGUUUCUCCAGGUUUCUUAUCCACUGAAAUUAUGCCGGCUAUGGUGGGUGCAGGGCUUGCAAAUCUGGGCAACACUUGCUUUCUUAAUGCAGUCUUACAAUGUUUCACACAUACAGUUCCACUUAUUCAGGGUCUUUGGUCAUCUAAUCACGCAAGGCCUUGCGAUCGUGAUAGUGUAGGCUUUUGUGUACUUUGUGCUCUUCGCGACCACGUUGAACUCUCACUAGCUUCUAUGGGCACAGUUGUCUCCCCAAGGAACCUUGUCGACAAUUUGAGUUAUAUUUCAUCUACUUUCCGGAGAUUCCAGCAGGAAGAUGCUCAUGAGUUCUUGCAAUGCUUACUGGAUAGACUCGACAGCUGUUGUACUUAUUCAGAGAGUAAGGAUAUGGCUAUGACUUCAGAGGACGAGAACUUGGUUAAGCAGGUUUUUGGAGGUCGUCUUAUUAGCAAACUUCGCUGUUGCAAGUGUGGUCACUGUUCUGACACUUAUGAGCCCCUGAUUGACUUGAGUUUAGAGAUUGAGAAUGUGGAUACACUUACUAGUGCUCUGGAAUCUUUCACCAAGAUGGAGAAGAUUGAAGAUCCAGAUAUGCAGUUUACUUGUGAUGAAUGCAAGGAAAGAGUGUCAAUAGAGAAGCAGCUUAUAUUGGACCAGGUUCCAUCGGUUGCUACAUUCCAUUUGAAGAGAUUCAAGAAUGAUGGUGUCUUUGUUGAGAAGAUUGACAAGUAUGUGGAAUUCCCGCUGGAGCUAGACUUGCUGCCGUACACUAGUGGGAGUCAGAACACUACUGGGGAGUUGAAAUAUGAUCUUUAUGCAGUUGUGGUGCAUACUGAACUCUCAUCCACUUGCGGGCACUACUAUUGCUUUGUUCGUUGCGCCCAAGAAGUAUGGUACAAGUUCGACGACUCAAAGGUUGCUAGGGUUGGAGAAGAUUUUGUGCUUUCUCAGGAAGCCUACAUUCUAUUCUACGCGAAGCAGGGCACACCCUGGUUUUCAAGUUUUUUGGAAACGGAAAAGUCCUACUUAGACCAAUAUAAAUCCAACCAUCCACCCAAGUCAGUUUUGGAUAGCACAGAUCGCAUCUAUACAUCAUCCCCCAAUGUGACAAGCAAUUGUUACUCUGAAGUCAAGAAAGCAAGAGAGGAAGUGGUUGGCGUUUCUGUGGAGUCUUUUAACGGGUACAUAAAUGGUGUUCAAGGCAAUGAGGCUAAAGCCGAUCCUCCCAGUUUAUUUACUCCAGCGCCUCUGGUAAUGAGUAGUUCUUCCAAUGGAACAUCUGAUAAGGUUGAGAAAAAGUUCUCUCCAUCAGUGCUCAAAGAAAAUAAGUGCAAUCAGGAGUUCAAUGAAAUUAAAAACGGUGCCAAUAUUAAUCUAUCAAUGCCCCUCAGAUCCCCUAGCCCUGAUAUAUAUGCAGAAGAGGCUCCAGUCUCGAGUUAUUCUAUCCCGCGUGAUCAUCUGAUACCAGAGAAACAAGUUCCAUGUAAAAGAAAACUGGACGAGGAUCUGGAGGAUUCACGGAAAAAGCAGGCGGCUUUUAAGCUGUUGAAAAACAUGCCCAAUGACAGGAGCUCAAAAUUACUGGCUGCCAUGAAUGGGUCCCAUGACCUGAUUGGUAAGAAAAUCAGGAUAAAAGAAUUGCCUUCAAAUAGAAACAACAGGGCUUCGAGUACUAGCCACAAGCCCAAUCUUGACUCGUUCUUGCGUCCGGUGGCUGCUGGAAGUUUACGCUGAAAAGAUGCAAAAUUUUUGGUGAAUCUAAUGUUGUUUCCUAGAUGUUUAUAUUUAAACUUCUCUUGUUCGUGCGAAAAUGGGGAAAAUUCAAGCUGCAUAGCCUUUUUUCAGUUCACUCCUUGUGGGUAAUUAAGAGGAGGUAGUUUUGGCAUGGGGGUUUGUUUUCUUGUGAAGUCCAGUUGAGGUUUCAUUCCCUCUGACGAACUCAUGCCUUUGAAUGUAACAUAAAUGAGAAACAACUUUAUCUAUUGUUGAGCCUAUGGUUGUG